GUCUUUUUCUCGUGCAGUGCUAAAGCUUCUUCACGCAACACAAAUUAUUCAACUCUGCUCUGCUGCUACGCCAUUGAUCCAGUCGAGAGAGCAGUCGCAGCACCUCCCUCUCUCUUCUCUCUCUCUCUCUCUUCUCUUCCUCACCACCAGUCACCCACCGUCUUUUUUUUUACGAGGGAAGGAGAAAGCGAGGCAGGACGAGAAAAGGUCGCCUCUUUCUGAUAGUGGACUCGUAGUUGGUAGUAAAACGUCGACUUCACCUCUGGCUCUCCCUACUAUGGAAUCCUUCAGCCUCCUCAAGUACUGGCGCGGCGGCGGCGGAGCCACCGUGGCGGCCGCCAUUCGCUCCUCCGCCGCCAACCACGGGACAGAUGUCGCCGCCGCCGCCGUCCUCCGCCCUUCCUCAGCCACGACGGACGACGGCGAGGGGGAGGACGAAGGCCCCUUCUUUGACAUCGAGUUUGGCGCCCUCGGCGCAGCCGAUGGCUCCGUGUCGAAGUCGGGGAUUGAGGUGGAAGAGGGUGAGUUCGACAUCGAGCUGAAGGGAGCCGGUGGAGGUGAAAACCUCCGCGCCGAGGGCUUCUCGUCUUCCGACGAAAUCUUCUUCAAAGGAAAGCUGGUUCCUUUAGAGCCUUCUUCGAUUGCGGUCGCCGACGACAAACCUCAAUGCGAGUCGUCCAUUUCGCUCCUUAAGUUGGCCCCCAAAUUUCGAGUCUUCUCGCUCGGGUACCGGAAGUUCAAACCGGCGGCGGCGGAGCCUAAUGCCGCAUCCCCAAAGCAGCAACCUCAGCAGCAGCAGAGCAAGUUCUUCGCGCUGGACAGGAGAGCGCGGAGCUCGUCCACUAACCGGCCUUCCAAGACUGCGGCGGACGCAAACACCACCGCCACCGUCCAGGCGGCGGCGCAGGCGGCGGCGGAGGCGGACGAGAAGAGGUUCGCGAGAGAGGUCCUGCAGAAGUACCGCAACAUGAUCAAGCCGCUCUAUGUCAGGGCUUCGAAGAAGCACCUAGAAAAGCACAAGCUCUCCGGCGCGUCCAGCGAAGCAGAGCCGCCGGAGGAAGAGGCGCCCGCGAAGUACGCUGGAGGAGGAAAGAGUCUCCCGGCAGGGAUGCGAGCGGCGGGAAAACGGCUGGGGAAGAGCUGGCAGACGUCAGCUGCCGUAGCCGCGGUCCCAUCUCCGCCGCCGCCGCCGCCGCCGCAGCGUCGGGACGACUCGCUCCUGGAGCUGCAGGACGGCAUACAGAACGCCAUAGCGCACUGUAAGCGUUCCUUCACCGCCCCUGACAAAGGGUCGGCGGCGAAGUCGCCAUUAGCGAGAUCGAAGAGCGAGCCGAUCCAGGCGACGGUAGAUUCCCCAGCCUAAUUUCCUCUCCUUGUACGUACUACUAAUCAAUGAUCGGCUAGUCAGUGUGUGUGUCUGAAGCUCGCUCCGGUGAACUCUCAAGCCAAGUCGAUCCCUAACCCGGCGGUCACCGACGAAUCAAUAACGCAAUGACAAAACAUCCGAAGACGACGCGAAAAGGAGGUAAAAGAUUCCCGACUCUGCAUCGGGAAAGAUGCAUCAAAGUUCCUCAAUCGCGUAGCAAUGCUGCAGCAGGGGCCAGAGCAGAGAGAAGAAGAGUAAUGUGCAAUGAAUCGAGCGCCACUCCUUCUCUCUCUGUCUUCGCGCUCGCGCUCGCUGCGUAUGGUUUGUAGUGUUGCGCUUUACCAGUUAUCGUACCCUGUAAAUCCGCCACCUUUUUCACCUUUUCAGCGGAGAAAAGAAAAGGGAAAGGAAAAUAUAAAAACUCAAAGAGGAAGAUGCCGAGGCCAAAAGCAUUGGGGUUUUGGAUAAGAAAGGGUUUCAGCUGUUCUAUUUCUUCCCCCUUUUCCUCCUUAGAAUUUAAUCAAAAUCAAAUCAAAUUGUAUUGUUCCGGAUGAUCUGAUCUAGUGCAUGAGGUUUUAUUAACUUUAGAUAUAAUGUAAUCAUCUUUUUAUCAGCUUAAUUAAA